AUGCAAAGGUCUAGAAUUGAAGCUCUUCUAGCAUCCUUUCCAAAGUUGGCAGACUCUGGAACUCAGCAUACGACCGUGGAGCAAGAUAAUGUGCGAUUUGUGUAUCAGCCGCUGGACGAAUUAUACAUGGUCCUCAUCACGAACAAGCAGUCCAACAUCCUACAAGAUAUCGAUUCCUUACACUUAUUCGCGCAGGUGGUCACUAGCACAUGCAAGACCUUGGACGAAAGAGAAAUUCUGAAGAAUGCGUAUGAAUUGCUCAGUGCGUUUGAUGAGCUUGUCACACUUGGGUAUCGGGAAAACCUUACAAUCAGUCAAAUCAAGACAUUCUUGGAGAUGGAGAGUCACGAAGAAAGGAUACAAGAAAUCAUUUCGAGAAAUAAAGAGCUCGAAGCUACUGAAGAGCGCAAGCGCAAAGCAAAACAACUGGAAAUGCAGCGCAAGGAGGUUUCAAGGAGUGGUAGAAAUGCUAUACCAAGUCGGCCACAGUAUCCGACAUAUACACCACCUGCUCAAUCUGCCAACACUGAAACUUAUGAUUCAUACGAAGCUGCUAAGAACAAAUCUUUCAAAGCUAGCGCACCGAAAGGCAAAGGAAUGCAGUUGGGAAAGAAGUCAAAGACUACAGAUAUGUUUGAGAGAGUACGUGGCGACAUGGGUGCCGAAGUCGAGGAAACUGUCUCGUCGCCACUUAUUCCAAAUCAUCCUACACCAGCUACCGCUGAACAACCACCCCAUACUCCUUCUGCAUUAGACCGUGAUGCCAUUCACGUUACUAUCUCAGAGUCAAUCAACGCUAAAUUAUCUCGGGAUGGUUCUUUGAACUCCUUGGAGGUCAAGGGCGAUUUAAAUUUGCGGAUCUCGGACCCUACACUCACCAAGAUCAAACUAGAUCUUGUUGCCAACCAGAGUCAUGGAGUACAAUUCCGCACACAUCCAAAUGUGGAUAAGGGGGUGUUCAGUGGAUCUAAAGCUAUUCAGAUGAGCAAUGUUUCAAAGGGGUUCCCCGUCAAUAACUCUGUUGGUGUAUUGCGAUGGAGAGCUCAGCCAAAAACAGAUGACACCAGUGCCUUGCCAAUUCAAUUCACCGUAUGGGUUGUCGGGGGGCAAGGCGAUCCUCUCAACAUUACCGUUGAAUACGAACUCACUGGAGAAGAUUCUCUUCAAGAUGUCGCCGUUACAAUUCCAUACGCCUCAAGCGAGCCGGCAGUUUCUAGCUUCGACGCAACCUAUGAAGUCUCCGGGGAUAGCCUUGAGUGGACGAUCGGGCCCGUCGACUCUUCUAAUGGAGCCGGCUCUUUCGAAUUCGAAGUCCAAGACGGAGAUGAGAAUGAUUUCUUCCCUAUGCAAAUCAGGUUCGCUAAAACAAAACCUUUUAUCGAUGUUGAUGUCACCAAUGUCACAUUACUAGAGUUGAACGAGGCCGUGGAUUUCUCAAAAGAUAUCAAAUCAAUCGCUGACUCUUAUUUGGUAGAGUAA